UGAUCGUUUAUUGUGUUUUGAAACGUGAAAAAGUGAACGUGAACUGUGGUAAAACUCAAAUCGGAAAUGGCCCGUACGAAGCAAACUGCACGCAAAUCGACUGGUGGAAAAGCGCCACGCAAACAACUGGCUACUAAGGCCGCUCGCAAGAGUGCCCCUGCGACCGGAGGUGUGAAGAAGCCCCAUCGCUAUCGCCCUGGAACAGUGGCCUUGCGUGAGAUCCGUCGGUACCAAAAGAGCACUGAGCUUUUGAUCCGCAAACUGCCUUUUCAGCGUCUGGUGCGUGAAAUCGCUCAGGAUUUUAAGACUGAUUUGCGAUUCCAGAGCUCGGCGGUUAUGGCCCUGCAAGAAGCUAGCGAAGCCUAUCUGGUUGGUCUCUUUGAAGAUACCAACUUGUGUGCCAUUCAUGCCAAGCGUGUCACCAUUAUGCCCAAGGACAUCCAAUUAGCGCGACGCAUCCGCGGCGAGCGUACAUCGGCUGUGGUUAAUGGAAAACUUAUCCAAACAAAGGGAAAGGGUGCAUCUGGAUCAUUCAAACUGUCGGCUUCCGCCAAGAAAGAUAAGGAUCCGAAGGCAAAAUUAAAGGUUUUGUCUGUUGAGAAAAAAGUGCAAAGCAAGAAGGUAACCUCCAAGAAGACUGGUGCCUCCGCCAAAAAAACUGCCGCUGGGGCUGCUGACAAAAAGCCCAAGGCUAAGAAGGCUGUGGCCACCAAAAAGACUGCCGAGAAGAAGAAACUGGAAUCCAAAAUGUCUGGACGUGGAAAAGGUGGCAAAGUGAAGGGAAAGGCAAAGUCCCGCUCCAACCGUGCCGGUCUUCAAUUCCCUGUGGGCCGUAUUCACCGCCUGCUCAGGAAGGGUAACUACGCCGAGCGUGUUGGUGCAGGCGCUCCAGUUUACCUAGCAGCCGUAAUGGAAUAUCUGGCUGCUGAGGUUCUCGAGUUGGCAGGCAAUGCUGCUCGUGACAACAAGAAGACUAGAAUUAUUCCGCGUCAUCUGCAGUUGGCCAUCCGUAACGACGAGGAGUUAAACAAGCUGCUCUCCGGCGUCACUAUUGCCCAAGGAACUGUGGUAAAACUCAAAUCGGAAAUGGCCCGUACGAAGCAAACUGCACGCAAAUCGACUGGUGGAAAAGCGCCACGCAAACAACUGGCUACUAAGGCCGCUCGCAAGAGUGCCCCUGCGACCGGAGGUGUGAAGAAGCCCCAUCGCUAUCGCCCUGGAACAGUGGCCUUGCGUGAGAUCCGUCGGUACCAAAAGAGCACUGAGCUUUUGAUCCGCAAACUGCCUUUUCAGCGUCUGGUGCGUGAAAUCGCUCAGGAUUUUAAGACUGAUUUGCGAUUCCAGAGCUCGGCGGUUAUGGCCCUGCAAGAAGCUAGCGAAGCCUAUCUGGUUGGUCUCUUUGAAGAUACCAACUUGUGUGCCAUUCAUGCCAAGCGUGUCACCAUUAUGCCCAAGGACAUCCAAUUAGCGCGACGCAUCCGCGGCGAGCGUGCUUAAAUUGGCACGGCUUCAACUGGCAGCCAAAGCGCUAGCAUAUACUCUACAAUCGGUCCUUUUCAG